GGAGCGGGUCGGGGCGCUGGGCCCGGGAGCUGGGCCUGCCCUCCAGCCCUGGCUCUGCAGGCUCACUGCCUCCCCCCGGCCCAAGGCCAAACCUGUCCCCCUUCUCUUCCCUCCCAAUGUGUUUGCUGGGAGCGAGAAUGAUUUUUAAGUUUUUGAGUGUUUGGGGGAAGAAAAGAGGAUGUAAGUUAUGUGAAAUCAAACUUGAGUGUCCCUAAGCGAAGUUUGACGGGAGCGCAGCCCUGUUGGCUGUAGGUCUGCUCCGUGGCUGCUUCCCUGCUGCGAGGGCAGAGUUGGCCACCUGCUCUUUGGGGACAAGAACGGCAUCCAGUAGUAGUGAGAGCCUGAAGUCCGAGGCAGGCCCGGCCCUUUCAUGGCUGUUUCCUUAGGCUGCUGCGGCCACGCACAGCCCCUCUCCUGUCGCUGAGCACGUGGCGAUCUCCGAGGUCUCUGUCAGUCAGGCCACCUGGCCAGCUGCCCCUCCCCGCCAAGCAGCAUUUGUUGCGUGAUUGCCUCCUUGUUGAGUGCGUCACUCGAGGCCCUUCCUGGGUGUUUGUGGUUGUCUCCAGGCUGUCCUCGUGAGUGGACUGGAAGGAGAGAGGAGGGGACUCCUGGGCGAUGGAGCUCCCCAACUACAGCCGCCAGCUGCUGCGGCAGCUCUACACGCUGUGCAAGGAGCAGCAGUUCUGCGACUGCACCAUUUCCAUCGGCACCGUCUACUUCAGGGCUCACAAGCUCGUUCUGGCUGCAGCCAGCCUCCUGUUCAAAACCCUGCUGGACAACACAGACACCAUCUCCAUCGACGCCUCUGUGGUGAGCCCCGAGGAGUUUGCCCUCUUGCUAGAAAUGAUGUACACUGGCAAGCUCCCUGUGGGCAAGCACAACUUCUCCAAGAUCAUCUCUUUGGCCGACAGCCUGCAGAUGUUUGAUGUGGCUGUUAGUUGUAAGAAUCUUCUGACCAGCCUUGUCAGCUGCUCUGUCCAGGGGCAGGUGGUGAAGGAUGGCUCUGUGCCAUCCUCAGAGGCAUGUCGGAAGGAGUCAGAGAAGCCUCAUGUAGAGGUCCUUUCCUCCGAGGGUGUUGGAGAGCACCCCCCUUCUUCCCUGGAGGUUCCUGUCACACCGGGGGCCCCUGUAAAGGCUGAGACCCAGGAAUCCAUCUGUAUGAUGACACAGGAGAUGAGCACGGAUCCUCCUGUUGCCCAGGAGGUUCAGGGCGACCCGGAAGCCCCAGCUGCAGGUUGCGUCCCCUCCCCUGACGGAGCCUUCAGUGAGACAAAGGGAGCAGACACAGCACCAGAGCGUGAGAGGAAACACUGGCAGCUGAAUUUUCUUCUAGAAAAUGAAAACGUCUUCUCAGAUGCACUCUUGGUUUCCCAGGACAUUUUAAAAAGAUUAGAAGAAUGUUCAGAAAUUGAAGGCCCCCAGAAGGAGAUUAUAAUGGGAUGUUUUGCGGGUGAAGGAGGACAUUCAGCAUUCCAGAGGAUCCUAGAGAGAAUCAGAGAUGAGAUCCUGGAUGUGCAGACUGCCGUGUCCCUGCUGAGGCUGUUCCAGGAUUCCCAUCCUGCAGUAAAGAUGGUGUUCUCUGCCUGGAACCCAGAAGAUGCAGCACCAGCACGGCCAGAAGGGAGCACAGGGGAGGGAAAGACCUUGUCUGUUCUGUUACUGGAACACAAAGAGGACCUGCUACAGUGUGUAACGCAGCUGAGACCUAUUACGGAGUUCCUGGAAACAGCCAAGGAGGGGUUCCUGCCUGGCGCCGAGAAAAGGGUGAUUCUGAAUUGCUGUGAGGGCAGAACACCCAAGGAGGCAGUAGAAAAUUGGUUGCACAGAGUGACUGAAGAGAAGACCCUGAGCGCUGAGAGUUUGGUAAAACUCCUCCAGGCUGUGAAGAUGCCGUUUCCAAACUUGGACCUUCUGCUGGGGAAUUUGCAGAAGUCAGCCGCUUCGCCCAGCACCACAGUCCAGCCGAGCUCUGAUGAUUAUGGGACUGAGCUGUUGAGACGCUAUCAUGAAAACCUCUCGGAGAUUUUCACAGACAACCAGGUGUUGCUAAAGGUGAUCUCACAUAUGAAGAGUUUAGCCCCUGCAGAAAGAGAGGUCAUGGAGAGCCUUGUGAAACGGGAACCUGGCUCCGGUGGUUUCAGCUCCUUGAUGUCAGCAGUCCUAGAAAAGCAGACUCUCUCUGCGACAGCCAUUUGGCAGCUGCUGCUGGUGGCCCAGGAGACAAAGGCCUGUCCAUUGAACCUGCUCAUGGAGGAAAUAGGAAGGGAGCCUGGUGCGGAUGCUUUUUUCCAGGCGGUGACUGCCCCAGAAAAUGCUGCCUUAGAAACAGUCCUGAGGCAUUACAAGUUGAUCGCAGAAGCCAUCCAACAGAGGGGCGAGCGCAAGUGCUUGUCCCCAGAGGAGGAGCACCUGGCUGAGACCAUGAAAGAGAUUCUGAAUAUUUCCUCUGAAACGGCCAGCCCCGAAGCUUCCCUGAGAGCAGUGCUGAGCAGAGCCAAGGAGAAAUCAGUCUCAGCCAUUGAAAUCUGCCGCCUCCUGUGCAGUGUCCACAAGUCUUUCCCAGGCCUGCAGCCUGUCAUGCAGGAGCUGGCACACAUUGGUCUCCUAACCAAGGAAGACGGAGAGCAGGGAGCGUGGAAAGUGCACAAUAGAUUCCACCCUGGCCCCAGCAACAGGGAAAAUGAGGCCAAGGAAGACAGCCAGGCUGCAGGCCUAGGUAGCCAGGGAGAGACGGGUCCCCUGCCAGAGCAGCAAGAAGCAGACACAGUUGCCUCUCCCGACUCUGCCAAGAAGAGCUUCAUCUGCAAGGCCUGUGACAAGAGCUUCCAUUUCUACUGCCGCCUGAAGGUGCACAUGAAGCGCUGCCGCGUGGCCAAGAGCAGACAGGUGCAGCGCAAGGACGGCAGUGAGGCCAAGGAGGCCGAGAAGGAGCUGGGCACACAGCAGCCGGAGGCCCGCGGUGCAGGUGCAGGGGCCGAGCCCGAAGUCCCCAAGAAGAAGAAGAAGCGGCUUCCGGUGACAUGCGACCUCUGUGGGAGAGAAUUUGCCCAUGCCUCAGGCAUGCAGUACCACAAGCUGACAGAGCACUUUGAUGAGAAGCCUUUCUCCUGUGAAGAGUGUGGCGCCAAGUUUGCAGCCAACUCCACCCUGAAGAACCAUCUCCGCCUGCACACCGGGGACCGCCCGUUCAUGUGCAAGCACUGCCUCAUGACCUUCACGCAGGCCUCCGCCCUGGCCUACCACACCAAGAAGAAGCAUUCAGAAGGAAAGAUGUACGCCUGCCAGUACUGUGAUGCGGUGUUCGCCCAGUCCAUUGAGCUGUCCCGCCACGUGAGGACCCACACUGGGGACAAGCCAUACGUCUGCAGGGACUGUGGCAAGGGCUUCCGGCAAGCCAACGGCCUCUCCAUCCACCUGCACACCUUUCACAACAUAGAAGAUCCCUACGAUUGCAAGAAAUGCAGGAUGAGUUUCCCCACUCUGCAAGAUCACCGGAAGCACAUCCAUGAGGUGCACUCCAAGGAGUACCACCCCUGCCCCACGUGUGGGAAGAUCUUCAGUGCCCCUUCCAUGCUGGAGCGCCACAUGGUGACCCACGUCGGAGGGAAGCCCUUCAGCUGUGGGAUCUGCAACAAGGCCUACCAGCAAUUGUCUGGUCUGUGGUACCAUAAUCGGACCCACCAUCCGGAUGUGUUUGCUGCUCAGAACCACCGAUCGUCUAGGUUCUCACCGUUGCAGUGCAGCUCCUGCGACAAGACCUCUCCCAACACCAUGGAACACAAGAAGCACAUCAAGGCCGAGCACGCAGAUAUGAAGUUCCACGAAUGUGACCAGUGUAAGGAGCUCUUCCCCACACCAGCUCUGCUGCAGGUCCACGUCAAGUGCCAGCAUUCAGGGACCCAGCCAUUCAGGUGCUUGUACUGCGCGGCCACGUUCCGCUUCCCGGGAGCCCUGCAGCACCAUGUCACCACGGAGCACUUCAAGCAGUCGGAGAGCACCUUCCCCUGUGAGCUCUGUGGGGAGCUCUUCACCUCCCAGGCACAGCUGGACGGCCACCUGGAAUCUGACCACCCAAAGAUGGUGGGCACUGAAACCCAGGCUGCCACCUCACAGAUGGUACAGGUGAUCCAAACUCCUGAGCCAGUGGCCCCAACUGAGCAGGUGAUCACUUUGGAGGAGACACAGCUUGCUGGGUCGCAGGUGUUCGUGACUUUGCCUGAUUCUCAGGCAACUCAGACCAGCUCUGAGCUCGUGGCGGUGACUGUGGAAGACUUGCUGGAUGGUACCGUGACCCUGAUCUGUGGCGAGGCCAAAUGAGGGACUGCUCCUCUGGCGGAGGGGUCCCUGCAUCGGCUCCAGAGGGGAAGCUCUGCAGUUUGCCCUUUGCCCUCCCUGCUAUCCUUUAUGGCGAGCAUCUUAGCUUAGCACCAACCUAGACAAUCUCCCUGGGAAAACCGACGGAAAUUACAUUGCUCUCAUGAAACCCACCACGUCUGAGUCAUCCGUGCCAAUACUCCGUCCUCCACCGAAGACAGCCUCCGUCCCAUGGCUGCUGCUCGGGUCUCCGUGACAGCACUUGGCCCUGAGGGAAGUCUAGCUUCUGAAUUAGAGUCUGAAAGAGCAGUGGGUUGGGAGCUGGUGACCAGGCCAGCCAGGAAGGUGUGCUGUGCUGCAGCCCUACUCGGGCAGGGCAUUUAGCUGGGGGACCAGGCUGGCACGAAGUGGCUGCAAGGGACUCCAGUGCCCCUGGCUGUUUGAAAAUGAGAGCAGGGCCCAGCACCCCCUCCAGGGACCCCAGCCAAGAGCACACUUGUCUGUCCUCACUUCUCCCACUCUCCCCUCUGCUUGGGUCCCCCAGAUCCUGCUGACCAUGCCCAGCACACUAGUGGUACCACUGCAGGAAGCACAGGUCCUCGCUGGGCCGCAGAGGGAGCCCCUCCCCAAACAAAGCCUGGGGAGGGCUUCUCCUGGAGGUGCUCCACGGGAGGCCGUCCAGCUGAAGAGGCCGCCUCUGCCUUUCUGUGGUGUUCCUCCUGGUGUCCUUACCUGAAAGGUGGCUCUCACAGCUCUUCCAUGUUCCUCACCCCCUUCCUCUGAUCAAGGCUAAAACUUCUACUGACCCAGGGGGCCUGGCUUGUGGCUGCCUCUGGAGCAUGUGACAUUGCCACUGAGCCAGCACCUGGCAGGCAGGCAGGGGCCUGUCUGUGGAGGGGUGGCCAGGGCAGCUCCUGGCUGUGCCUGCUGCCCGGUGGUACGCCUCGUGGGCGGCUGCUCUCUGGCUCCCCGGCUGCACACUUAGCGAAGUUCAGUGAUCUUUUUGAGUCUAAAUUUCAAAAAACUUUUUGUCUUUAGUUCCUAAAAUAUAAUCUGGUAAUUAAUAGUUUGUGGAAUCCAUUAGGAGGUGAAGUAGAUGACUGUUCAUUCCUACCGUUUAGGAUUUAACUGUCCCUUGAUGCCCAAAGGUUGACAUGGGCUAGUGCAGCAUUGACACACAGACAGGGCUCCCUGCCACUUUGUGUGGCUUGAAUCCUUGGAUAGGAGAGCGCUUGAGCUGGGCGCUCACCCUCACCCGCCAGCAGCGAGAGCCCAGCACUUCCUUCCAAGCACAAGUUCUCGCGUGGCCACAGGCAGAGCCGGGGUCGGGCUCCACUGUGGUGGGGCAUUUGUUGCUGCUGCAGGGUCUGAUGGCACCCAGCUAGAAGGGCAGAGGGUCGAGCCUUCACCUUGACUGGUGUCUGGAAUCCGCUGGGCACAGAGUGCCCUGACAAGUUUCCACAGCCCGACCCACAGCUGCUCCCGCCUCCAGGCCUGUCCUCAUUUUGAUGGGGCAAAGCACUUGAGCUCAUAGUCCUGGAAUCUUCUUAUCCUCAAGCAAAUGGCAUUUUUAAAGGAGAGUCCGCUUCAGAAGCCAAAAACUGACCAGAAGAUGGUGCUCAAACCCUAAGACUUCACCUCCCUGGAAAGACCUCACCGUUCUGCCGUGGCCGCCCCUGUUUGAAGCUUUUCCAGUCCUGGGGGCUGGCAGACAGGAGAGCGCUUGAUUUGUAAGUGGCAAAGUGCCACUGAAUCUCCCCUUGGCACCAGAUGAGACCCACUGAAAGGCAGUGGAGUGGCACAGGCUCUAGGCCCAGUGGUAAGAACAUGGCUCCUCGCAGGCCAUGGAGGGGUGGGAACUGUGGUGAGCGUCACCAAGUUUCUGUCUUCCAGAAAGCAAAACAUUAAAAACCGGUUGCUGAGGGCCCGUGGGGCGAGUAGGGUGUAUUCUGUUUUGUUCUGGAGUGUUCUGAAUAAAAGCGCUCUAAGUUUUAA